GUUUUAGACAGUCUGCGGGGACGUCACGGAGACUACGUCCAGGUUUCAGACAGUCUGCGGUCAGAUCAUAAAGAACAGAUCUGUCAGGUUGUCUUGUGAUGAAAGAGUUGUUGGUUCGAUUCCCGCCUCCCUCAGUCCAGUCCAAAGUGUCCUUGAGUGACAUCCUGACCUCCUCGUGUCUGUGAUGUCACUGUGAUGUCACUGUGAUGUCACUGUGAUGUCACUGUGUGAUAAAUGUUGUAAAAACUUUGGUGGUCGGGUCAUCUCAAACACGGAGCAGGUCACAUGACUCGUCUGAUUUAUGAAAUGAUUAAAGUAAACGAGCAGCAGACUGAGCAGAGACAGACCAGCAGGACGCAGCCUCCUCCCCCGUCCUCUUUAGACAUUUUAUUCCUCCGUCAUGGCUGUGAGGACACACACACACACACACACACACACACACACACACACACACACACACACACACACGUUUCCUGCUGGUGACUCAUGGCUGCAGACAAUAACAUGCUAACAUGCUGCUCAUUAAUGUGAUUAGCUGCUCGCUGAGGCUCUGUCCAUUCAGUCCAGUCGUCCCAUCAUUGUUCCAUUUCUCUCAGCGGUUCACCACCGUGGUUCCGGAGAGCUGCAUGCUGAUCCUGUUGGGUCUGGUUCUGGGCGGGGUCGUCCUCAUAGCCAAUAAGAAGCAGCUGUACCAGCUGGAGCCCGCCCUCUUCUUCCUCUUCCUGCUGCCGACCAUCGUGGGCGACGCAGGAUACUUCAUGCCGGCGCGCCUCUUCUUCGACAACCUGGGAGCCAUCCUGACGUACGCCGUGGUGGGAACGCUGUGGAACGCCUUCUGCACCGGGUUCUGCCUGUACGCCGCCAAACUGCUGGGGGUCAUAGACGAGCGCGUGCAGGCCGACCUGAUGGACUUCCUGUUGUUCGGAGCGUUGAUCUCGGCUGUUGACCCGGUGGCGGUGCUGGCCGUGUUUGAGGAGGUUCACGUCAACGACACGUUGUUCAUCAUCGUGUUCGGAGAGUCGCUGGUCAACGACGCCGUCACCGUGGUUUUAUAUAAAGUCUACAUUUCCUUUGUGGAAGUCGGAGCAGAGAACGUUCAGACCGCGGAUUACUUCAAAGGAGUCGCCUCCUUCCUCAUCGUCAGUAUCGGGGGCACUCUAGUGGGUCUGGUGUUCGCUGUCAUCCUCGGCUUCAUCACUCGUUUCACCAAGAAGGUUCGGAUCAUCGAGCCGCUCUUCGUCUUCCUGCUGGUCUACCUGGCCUACCUGACCGCCGAGCUCUUCUCCUUGUCUGCCAUUCUGUCGAUGACCUUCUGUGGUAUCGGCGCCAAUAAAUAUGUGGAGGCCAACAUUUCCCAGAAGUCUCGGACCACGGUGAAGUACACAAUGAAGACUCUGGCGAGCAUCGCAGAGACCAUCAUCUUCAUUUUCCUCGGCAUCUCAGCAGUAGACAAGUCCAAGUGGGCCUGGGACACCGGCCUGGUGUCCUGUACGCUCGUCUUCAUCUUCGUCUUCAGAGCUGCGGGUGUGAUUGGUCAGACCUGGGUUCUGAACCGUUUCCGCCUCGUCCCAUUGGACAAGAUCGACCAGGUGGUGAUGUCAUACGGCGGCCUGCGGGGGGCAGUGGCGUUCGCUCUGGUGGUGCUGCUGGAUGGCGAGCAGGUCAAAGCCAAGGAUUACUUUGUUGCCACGACGAUCGUGGUCGUCUUCUUCACUGUCAUGUUCCAGGGUCUGACCAUCAAACCACUCGUUAACUGGCUCAAAGUUCCUCGUUCAACGAGCAGGAAGCCGACGAUCAACGAGGAAAUCCAUGAGAGGGCCUUCGAUCACAUCCUCACAGCGGUCGAGGACAUCGCAGGUCUGCAGGGUUAUCACCACUGGAGAGACAAGUGGGAGCAGUUUGAUAAGAAUUACCUGAGUAAGCUUCUGUUAAGGAAGUCUGUGUACAGGAAGAGUGAGCUGUGGGAGGCCUAUCAGAAGAUCAACAUCAGGGACGCCAUCAGUGUCAUCGACCAGGGUGGGAACGUCCUGACCUCAGCCAGACUCUCUCUGCCCUCCAUGGCCAGCAGAGCUUCGUUCCCUGAGGUCACCAACGUCACCAACUACCUGCGUGAGAACGGCAGCGGCGUGUGUCUGGACCUCCAGGUGAUUGAUAACGUCCCCGGAGCCAAAGUGGAGGAGGACACCGAGACACACCACGUCCUUGCAGAGAACCUGUACAAACCCCGGAGACGGUAUCAGUCUCAUUACAGCCGUCACUUCAUGCCUCUGGGGGAGAAGGAGCGUCAGGACCGGGAGGUGUUUCAGAGGAACAUGAAGAGCCGGAUGGAGACGUUCAAGUCCACCCGACACAAACGGCACAAGAAGGAGAGGAGCCUGAAGAAGCGCCGAGGAUCGGACGCCAAGGAGGACGGAGGAGACAAACCCAGGCGCAACGUCAGCUGGCAGGACAAAAACCCCGUGGUCGUCCCCGUGGAGUCGGAGGAGGACAGAGGAGAACAUUCAGACGCUGAGAAGGAGGAAGACGUCGGGAUCACCUUCGUCGCUCGAAAGGCCGAGACGCCGAAACAACGGCCAAAGUCAGUCCCAGCAGGCUGUCCCAGUCCAUCAGCUGACCCCCCGUCCCCCCCCAGUGAAGACAGCCACCUCCCGUGGAAAGGCGGCGUUGGCUCUCCUCCGCCCUGCGUGUCGGUGGAGGCCACAAAGAUCAUCCCCGUGGACCUCCAGCAGGCCUGGAACCAGAGCAUCUCCUCCCUGGAGAGCAUUUCCUCGCCUCCCGCCCCCGCCGAGCCGGUCCACCCCCGCGUGAGCGCCCUCUCCAGGCUGGGAGGACCCCGCCCGGCCUCCUACACCCCGCCAGGCAGCAUGGCGAGCAGCACCUCCUCUAUCGGCGCUCAGGCAUCGCAGUGCUCCUUCCAUUACCCCGAGAAGAAGAAAGAGGAAGAGGAGGAAGAGGAGGAGGGCGUGGGGGUGUUGCAGGAGAUGCAGCCACUCAUGUCGUCUCUGAAGCCCCCAGGUGCCGUGCCGCCGCCCCCGCCACCACUCAGCUCCGCCCCCGGCUCCGGGAGGAGGAGGAACCCCUGCGUGUACCUGAGGAAUCUGGUGACUGUGCCGCCGCCGGGCAAUUCUGAGUCACACAGCCGAGGCCCCACCCAGCUCUAACCACGCCCCCGAAAGGGCGGAGCAGGAACUUCACUCCAGCACACGGUCACACCGUCCAAUGAGAAAGCAGCUCACCAUGUCCACUUCCUGUCCUGCAGCUGCUCCAUCCACAUGGUUAGCAGAUCGGCUCUGUUCUGGUUCUGGUUCUGGUUCUCCUGCAGACUGACUGCAGGGGUCACCUCAGAGGUCACCUUCUCAUCCAAUCACAGCCUGGACAUCAUUGGACUUUUAUUUUGAAAUGUUUCUUCUGUCUUUCAUCGUGUGAUGGUUGAUUUCCUGUCAGUCAGCUGACGGGUCGACGGUUCUGUAGUUUUCUCUCAUGUUCAGACUCAAACCAACAACACGUCUCACUGUCUGCGGCUCUCAGCUGUGAGCUCAUUGGUUCCUGCUGAAGACGGUAAUGUUACCUGACAGGUGAGCAUCUCACGAAUAUCACUAUGAAAGUCAGAACAGAACAGAAGAAGAAGAAGAACUUGUUGGUUUGACUCUGAACAUGUUGAAACUUUUAUUUUGAAAGUCUUCAGUCUUUAGGUCAGUAAUCACUCAGACAGUUUGUCCUGCAGGUGGCGCUCUCUCACUGACAUUCUGUUUUAUUAAAACGUGGAUCGGAUUUUUGUAGCUGAAUGUAGUAAUAAACUGAAAUCAUCCAUUAGUGACGUCUGUAAAGUUUACACACAGGUGUGACAUGCAUCAUCAUCACCACACCUGACGUGAAUAAUCAUGGUCACAUCAAACAUUUUGUAAAAUCUACAGAGUAGUUUAUUUUGAAAGACCAAAGUGUAACAAAGAGCAUAAUGAACAUUUAUACAGUCUGUGUGUCUUUACCUGUUUAUACCUGUCGAUACACCUGUCUGUCUGUAUACCUGUCUAUACACCUGUCUGUCUGUAUACCUGUCGAUACACCUGUCUGUC